CGUUUAUUUCGGUGCUGCUCCUGCUGGCUAUGGGCCUGUUCGUGGCUCCUUCGAUCGCUGAAAUUGGAGCUGAUUCGAGUGAAAAUGAGAUUCAGGAAGAAGUGGGAAAGCAGCGUGGACCGUUUAUAGGAAAGAUAGUUGCGCCUCUCAUAGAUCACACAUUCUCCAAGUUCAGUAAAGCCUGUACAAAAUUCAUUCGCCUCGGCCUUAUCCGUCCUAAGAUUAAGCCGGACAUGUCGCGCAUGAGUUUCCUGCUGCGCACUGACGAGUGCCAGAAUGUCAGCAUUCCGCUCACUGAGGCCGAGAGGCUGUGGGAGGCGCCGGGCUUCCAUCAGGAUCGGCCCACUGCCAUCUUCAUAACGGGCUGGAAAACAACCAUUUCCGAAUCGAACAGUGGUCCAGCUGCCAAGGCCUACAAUUGUCGCAAUGAUACUAAUUUUGUGUUACUGGAUGCAGCCAACUUCAUAGAAAUCCUGUACGCGUCGUCGGCGCUGAACACGGAGCUCAUUGGGGAGUAUUUGGCCAAGGCCUUGCUGAAGCUAAACCGCAAUUAUGUGAUCGAUAAUGUGCACUUGAUUGGACACAGUCUGGGUGCACAGAUUGCUGGAUCGGCAGGCCGGCACUUCAGGCAGUUGUCGGGAGGAGCGACACUGUCGCGCGUGACUGGUCUGGAUCCGGCCAAUCCCUGUUUCUACGAUGAUGCCAAGGGCAUACGCAGCGGCAAUGCUAGGUUCGUGGACAUUAUACACACCAAUCCUGGAGUCCUGGGCACAGAGAAAGUCGUGGGCGAUGCUGAUUUCUUUGUCAAUGGAUUGAAAAAGGCCUACAUGAAGGGCUGUGGGCUCCUGAACAUCAACUCUUGCUCGCACAACCGUGCCGUCGACUACUUUGCCGAGACGGUGUACCCCGCGAACACAAACAACUUCCUGGGCAAGCGAUGCGAUCGGCAAGAGGAUCUCGAGAAAGGUCGCAACUGCCAUGAAACCCGCACAGUCAUGGGCUACAAUGCCAGUUCCCGCGAUCUGGGUAUCUUCUAUGUGGAUUUUAAUGCUGAUGAGCCAUACGGACCCAAUGCACACGAGAAUUCUUUUACCUCGAGCCAUAGCCAGUGCGGCGCCUGUUGGGCCUAAGCAAAGUCUCUAAGA